AUGAUUCAACCUCAAAUACUAAUUCAAGGAAGCAACAAACGUCCCAAAGGCAAGAAAACCAAGAAAACAGUGAACCUUAAAUAAGUGAUCGAGGAUCCACCAUAUGCUGGAAAUGAACUACGAGUCAUUCCACCUCAGCCAACAGUGCCCACCAACCUUCUCAUGCCUGGUCCGUCAUUAGCAGGAAACAUAGAAGAGUAUCCUAGACCGUCUCUCCCAAGCUAUGAAGAGAUGAUGCUAGAUGACAUGUUCAAUGGUCCAAGCUCUAUGGAAACACAACCUGACCUAACGCCUGUGAAAGUGUUGGAAGAGGGAGUAGCAGUGACCCAAGAUGAUCAAACUGUGGAAUGGUGGCCGGUGGAGGAACCAGAGCAAAUGGCGAACAUGUUGGAGUAUUUGGAAGAUGAAAACAAACCUCUGCAUACCAACUUUGUCCUUCCUAACCAAGGA